UUUUUGUCUAUAAAUAAAUAAAUAAACCACAUAAAAAAAUUGGUGGAAAGAAGAAUAAGAGAAAAAAAAUGGCAAAUUUUGUUCUGCGGGUUCCAAUUCCUUUGAGGAGUUUCAGUGUAUCUGCUUCAUCCAACUCCAGCGGAGCUGUUUCUGGAAGCAGUUCUGAUAAGAGUGGUGGUCCAGUGAUAAUUGAACUUCCUUUAGAUAAGAUAAGAAGACCUUUAAUGAGGACUAGAUCAAAUGAUCAAAUUAAAGUUCAACAACUCAUGGAUAGUAUUAGUGAAAUUGGUCUUCAAGUACCUAUCGAUGUGCUCGAGGUUGAUGGAAACUAUUAUGGUUUUUCCGGGUGUCACCGAUAUGAGGCUCACCAGCGACUUGGACUCCCUACCAUACGCUGUAAAAUACGGCGUGGGACGAAAGAGACUCUAAGGCAUCAUAUGCGCUGAAAUAUUUGAUCAUUUUAUAUCAUUUGGAGAUGCUACAUGCCAAUUACAAUUAGUGUGGUUCUAUUCCAAGUAAUGACAACAGUGAUUCAGUUCGAUCAUAUAAUAGAUGAUAAAUCAUGUAUGCAUAUAUGAAGAUGCAAAUGUUUCUUGUUGAUGAUCAAUAGUAUACUUCAUUGUUACUACUAAAAGUAUACAAAUUAUAAUCCAA